CCAAGUCCUGGAAGUCAUGCAACACUUCUGUAAGUCAUGCUGUAAUGUUUGAAAACCCUUGAAAGAGACUUUGGUAAUUCCCGUAAACACGUGACCUUUUACACGCAACUGAGCUGGGCAACACUGAACUCUGAGCACUGAGAGUCGUCUCUAGCAACACGGAAGAUUGAGAACAGACGCUGUUAAACAUGUCUGAAACCAUGAAGAAAUUCACUCCACGCGACAAAGGUAUUAAACUGGUGUCAAAACCAAACGAUUUCGAUAAAUAUGAUGAUGAGCCGGAUGUUUUAAGAGCGGUGUUGUCCUGCGGUCACAUCACAGAUCCAGAGACACUGACUAAUUGUUGUCAAACUCAGCUGGACCGUGGACAGACUGAAUUCAAAUGCCCAGUGUGUGAGGAAACAUGGCCAUAUGAUGAAGUGCGAAAACUGGCAAAACUUACACUUGAUGAGAAAUCCAGUUUUGAAGAAAAGCUUGGGACGAAUACUGUUAAGAAUUUAGUUGACUUCAGGGUUUGUCCUGGUUGUAGCACCUUUGUUGAAAGGUUGGAUGUUUCCAAUCUCUGCGUGGAGUGCCCAGUGUGCACAGAAAAGACUGGAGAUUCAUAUGAUUUUUGCUGGAAUUGUUUAGGAGAGUGGAAAGGGUCUCACAAUCGUGCUGAUCGAUGUGGUAACGUGGGAUGUACCAUUGACAAGAAACUGCUGAAAGAUUGUCCAAUGAUCUCUUUAACAUACUUUAAAAAUGAAGUGCAGUGCCCCAAAAUCCGUGCAUGCACAUCUUGUGGUGUGCUGAUUGAACACACUAAUGAUGGAUGUAAUAACAUGGAAUGCCCUGAAUGUGACGAUGAGUUUUGCUUUAUUUGUUUAAAUCCUGGCCAUGACUAUGAUGAAGAUCAGCCAUGCAAACUGGCACCGAGGCAACUAGAUUCUGAAUCACAGCAGUAACUGCACUGGAAA